AUGUCCUCAUUGACAUAUAUCGACCAAGCUGACCCCGGCGAAAAUGGUUGGUUUAUCCAGCACAAGACCUCUGAUCUGAUAUCUUUAUUGCUUGAGUCGAAAGAUGCUAGCGACGGUUUGCGCCAAAUCAAGCGCCUCAUCGAGCUCCUCCUAUUGUCCAAUCAUAUUGAUAAAGCUUAUACGCUCAUUUGCGCCUUGCAUGAGUAUCACAAGCUUGUACUUGCCCCGUCUUCUUUAAGCAACCAAGAUGCCUUUCAACUGAGGAGUCGGCCUUUCGAUAAUUUCUGGGAGGCCCAUCCUACAUACAAUAAUCCUUUUCGUGGCCAAACCGAGAGUUCAGACGCGGCGUUUCAUCGGAAAGAAAGGCUUGCUAAGCAACAAUGGUAUGAGUAUUCAGAAUGUACCCGCACUGGCUGGAUGCUUGAGCAUUGCAGCCUACCAGAGCCGAAAGAUGUACAUAUAUGGCGCGAGACUAACGAUGCACCAAUGAUCGCAAUGUGUGCGCGACUACUGGCCAAGAACAAGACGCCAGGCCAAUAUGCUACUCAAGAAAAUAUGGAGGAAGCUCUUGCUGCGGCAAAGAAGCUAUAUGCGCAGCCUCAAGUUCCUGUCACCCAGUGGGAAUUUAAAUGGAACGGACAUCAGACCGUAAGAAGACAUUCUUACUUACUCUAUCGACGACUAGUAGUGGAGUUGGCGAUUAGACUUGGGGAAUUUGAUACUGCUGCCGAAAUUCUGUCUUUGGGACUUAGGCUCGAUGGUUUCAACGACAUUGAUGGGGCUCAAUUGGACCGGUAUUUAUUCCUGCCAGGAAUCUACAGAGUAUUGCCCCUUUUGGCUGAGAGUAAAAAAGAAGGGAACCCGUUCUACAUUGAGGGAGACGACGCUGAUACGAUGAUUGAACAAGUCAUAACGGCGUUGAAGGUACGUGUCCAAAACGGGCGACAAUGGUCACUUGCACCAGAAAGAGUUGGCUGGAAAGAGUUGCUUGAUAGACUUGCCAAAGCUGCAUGGACAGUGAACCGCAAAGAGUAUGAAGAACUAGGUCUCACUUGUGCCGAAGAUAUUCUAUAUUCGCCAGCCACAGAGGAGGAGAUAUCAGAAGUCGAAGCUAAGGUUGGUGAGCUACCAUCUGACUUUAAGGACAUGGUCCGUGUUGCAAACGGGUUUCAGGGAGGUUGGCAUUUUCUUAAGGGUGGUAUUAACGGUCUCGAUAACAUUAGCCUCGCCGAUGAUGACGUGGAAAACUGCAUGUGGUUCCUUGGUGACCUAGACCAAGAUAUUUAUUCUAAAGUCAUUGCCCUUUCACCAGCAACGGAGUGCGAUGGAUUCAUGCAUUUCAUGAUCUCACCAGCAUAUUGGAAAAAUCCAGAGAGUAGCGAUGGCGAGAAUUUCGAUGACGGAGAAUAUCCGUACUGGCAAUGGGCUUCUUGGCAGGCUGGUGAGUCUUGUUGGCACAGCUUCCGCGAAUGGGUUGCCAGUGAAGUUGAGCACCUUGAGAUGAUGGUGAAGAAGGGAAAGAUACUUGAUGACGAUAAUUGAGGCCUGAUGGAUAAUAGUGAGAAAGAAUGAAAUGAUUAAACUGCUCCUUUUGGCUACGGGAGCAGUGGCUCG